AUGGCAUCGCUAACAGGCAAAAGGGUUGCCAUCACUGGUGCUGCGUCCGGGAUGGGACUCCAAAUAGCCAAGCAGCUUGCUUCUCGAGGAGCAGUACUUUCUCUUGCCGAUCUGAACCAGGCCGGCUUAGAAAGCGCCAAAGAUAGCCUCGUCGGCGACAAGCAUAUCAUCACGGUCGUGGACGUGACCAAAAGUGCAUCUGUUGAUGCAUGGAUCGAGCGAACAAACCAAGUUCUUGGCGGUCUGGACGCCGCAGUCAAUUUCGCCGGUGUUGUUCGUACCGCAAAAGUUGUGGACGAAUCUGACGAGGGUUGGGAUUUCAACAUGAAUGUCAAUGCAAAGGGAGUCUUCAAUUGCCUUCGGGCCCAACUACGAACAAUGAAGAAUGGUGGGAGCAUCGUCACUGCAGCAAGCAUCAACGCUCAUAUCGGCUGGGAAGAAUUAGGGUCUUAUUGCGCCAGUAAGCAUGCUGUUGCUGGGCUCUGUAAAUCAGCCGCCCGUGAGAAUCCGCACAUUCGGAUCAAUUGUGUUUCUCCAGGAGUCGUCGAUACGCCCAUGAUGAAGGACGAGCCUGCAGAGAAUUCGACCGAAGUAGCUCGACAAGUGCUAAAACGCAAGGCCGAUGCAUCAGAGAUCGCAAACGUGGUCGCAUUCCUUCUUAGCGAUGAAGCUACAUUUGUGACUGGUGCCGUCUGGAACGUUGAUGGAGGUUUCCUAUGCUAG